CAAAUUAAAUUCGUUUUGCUACCGGUAAACCCGGAAACUCCCUGUUCGCUUGUAAGUUGCUGCUGCUUUUCGUUCGUUUCCAUUUCGAAUUCCAAGCGGAAAGCGUAAAACCACUUCGUUAAGAAAGCUAAUUUUAUUUCUCAGUGGUAUAUGCCCACACACAUCUGCUUCUCUUUUAAUACGCGUAGAAGAGACGGAUUCAACUCGCCUUGUGAACUCACUUUCUAGAAUUUUGUCAUCUCGAUUCAGGUUUUGGAGUUUAAGGUUGCUGAUUAUCUAGGGUUCAGCUGGAAAAAUGGCUCCAGUAGAGGAUCUAUGGGAGCGGUUAGUGCGGGCUGCGUUAAGGAGGGAAAGAACUGGGAAAGAUGCAUUUGGUCGGCCAGUUGGUGGUAUUGCUGGAUAUGUUCCCUCUUCACUCGCAAAUAAUAGAGAUAUAGAUGCAAUUUUGAGGGCUGCAGAUGAAAUUCAAGAUGAAGAUCCAAAUGUCUCUAGAAUUUUAUGUGAGCAUGCUUAUUCACUCGCACAAAAUUUGGAUCCUAAUAGUGAAGGAAGAGGCGUUCUACAAUUCAAGACUGGUUUGAUGUCUGUCAUUAAGCAAAAGCUUGCAAAGAGAGAUGGUGGAACCAUUGAUAGGAGCCAGGAUAUUGCUCGUUUGCAAGAGUUCUACAAGCUUUACAGAGAGAGGAACAAUGUAGACAAGCUACGAGAAGAAGAAAUGAAGCUGAGGGAGUCUGGCACUUUUAGUGGAAACCUUGGCGAGUUGGAGCGAAAAACAGUGAAGAGGAAAAGAGUUUUUGCAACUCUGAGGGUCUUAGGAUCGGUGCUUGAGCAGCUCACUAAGGAAAUCCCUGAAGAGUUGAAGCGAGUGAUUGAAUCAGAUGCUGCUAUGACUGAGGAUCUAAUUGCAUAUAACAUUAUUCCUCUGGAUGCUCCAACUAUUACAAAUGCUAUUGUGAAUUUCCCUGAGGUGAGAGCGGCUGUGUCAGCUUUACAAUAUUUCCCUGGGUUGCCAGAAUUGGCUGCUGAUUUUCCUGUUCCUGCUACAAGGAAUGCGGAUAUGCUUGAUUUUCUGCAGUAUGUUUUUGGGUUUCAGAAAGACAAUGUUUCGAACCAGCGGGAACAUAUAGUUCACCUCCUUGCAAAUCAGCAAUCCCGCCUUGGUGUGCCUGAUGAAACCGAACCGAAAUUGGAUGAGGCUGCUGUACAGAGGGUAUUCAUGAAGUCAUUGGAGAAUUACAUUAAAUGGUGUAACUAUCUACACAUUCAACCAGUUUGGAGCAAUUUGGAGUCUGUUAGCAAGGAAAAGAAAUUACUCUUCCUUUCGCUGUACUUUCUGAUUUGGGGGGAAGCUGCAAAUAUUAGAUUCCUUCCAGAAUGCCUGUGCUAUAUAUUUCAUCAUAUGGUUAGGGAAAUGGAUGAGAUUUUGAGACAGCAAAUUGCACAGCCUGCAAAUAGUUGCAGUUUUGAUGAUGGAACAUCUUCUUUCCUUGAUAAAGUUAUUGCUCCUCUCUAUGAAGUUGUUGCAGCAGAAGCAGGAAACAAUGAGAACGGGCGGGCACCACAUUCUUCAUGGAGAAACUAUGAUGAUUUUAAUGAGUACUUUUGGUCACUUCAUUGCUUUGAACUUAGUUGGCCAUGGCGCAAAAAUUCAUCCUUUUUCCAAAGACCUAAACCAAGAACAAAGUAUCUGCUUAAAACUACUGGAAGUCAACGACGAGGGAAAACUUCAUUUGUUGAGCACCGGACAUUUCUUCAUCUUUACCAUAGUUUCCAUCGUCUGUGGAUAUUUCUUGUUAUGAUGUUCCAGGGACUCACCAUCUUUGCUUUCAAUAAUCAAAAUUUCAACUCCAAGACCCUGCGGGAAGUUCUGAGUCUCGGUCCAACGUUUAUGGUCAUGAAGUUUUUGGAGAGUGUAUUAGAUGUAAUCAUGAUGUAUGGCGCCUAUUCUACAACACGUCGGGUAGCUGUUUCCCGGAUUUUUCUUCGUUUUGCUUGGUUUAGUGGUGCUUCAGUCUUUAUAUGCUUCCUUUAUGUGAAAGCUCUUGAAGAAGAGAGUAAACAAAAUUCAAGUUCAGUCAUUUUCAGAUUGUAUGUGAUCAUUAUAGGCAUCUAUGCUGGUGUUCAAUUUUUUAUUAGUUUCCUCAUGCGGAUACCGGCUUGUCACCGCAUGACUAAUCAGUGUGAUCAGUGGCCCGUAAUUCGCUUCUUAAAGUGGAUGCGACAGGAACGGUACUAUGUUGGGCGUGGCAUGUAUGAGAGGACCAGUGACUUCCUGAAGUAUAUGCUUUUUUGGCUUGUUGUUCUCAGUGCAAAAUUUGCAUUUGCCUACUUUCUCCUGAUCAAGCCAUUGGUGAAACCAACAAAGCUUAUCGUGAACAUGACCGAUAAUCUGCAAUAUUCGUGGCAUGAUCUAGUAUCCAAAAAUAAUCAUAAUGCCUUGACCGUUGCGAGUUUAUGGGCUCCUGUUAUCUCUAUAUAUCUUUUGGAUAUUCAUAUAUUCUAUACAAUCAUAUCUGCCAUAUGGGGAUUCUUGCUUGGAGCAAGGGACCGCCUUGGGGAAAUUAGAUCUUUGGAGGCUGUUCACAAAUUGUUUGAGGAGUUUCCUGGGGCUUUCAUGAGUACUCUUCACGUUCCACUUCCCGAUAGGGCAUCUGAAAGCGCUUCUGGUCAGGUUGUGGAGAAAAGAAAGAUUGAUGCUGCUCGAUUUUCUCCCUUUUGGAAUGAGAUUAUAAAAAAUCUCAGGGAAGAAGAUUAUAUUACUAAUCUGGAAAUGGAGUUGCUUCUGAUGCCCAAAAAUUCUGGGAAGCUUCCUUUAGUCCAGUGGCCCCUUUUUCUUCUUUCCAGCAAGAUAUUUUUAGCUAAGGAUAUUGCUGUAGAAAGCAGAGAUUCACAAGAGGAGCUGUGGGAUAGGAUUUCUAGAGAUGACCAUAUGAAGUAUGCAGUUGAAGAAUGCUAUCAUGCCCUUAAGUUCAUUCUGACAGAAAUACUGGAAGGUGAAGGCAAGAUGUGGGUUGAAAGGGUAUAUGGUGACAUCCAAGCAAGUAUUGAGAACAGGAGUAUUCAUGAUGGCUUUCAGCUAAAUAAGCUGUCACUGAUUAUUUCACGAGUAACUGCACUAUUGGGAAUUUUGAAAGAGACUGAAAAACCGGAACUGGAAAAAGGUGCAAUUAAAGCUGUUCAAGAUCUCUAUGAUGUUGUCCGUCAUGAUUUCUUUUCUGUCAUUAUGAGGGAGCACUAUGACACGUGGAAUUUACUGUCAGAAGCAAGGUCAGAAGGCCGUUUGUUUACAGACUUGAAAUGGCCUAGAAAUGCUGAGUUGAAAAAACAGAUCAGAAGAUUGCAUGCGCUUCUAACUAUAAAAGAAUCUGCUUCAAAUAUUCCUAAAAAUUUUGAAGCCAGACGAAGGCUACAGUUCUUCACAAAUUCCCUUUUUAUGGAUAUGCCUGAGGCAAGGCCAGUCCGCGAAAUGCUGUCUUUCAGUGUGUUCACUCCUUAUUAUUCAGAGACUGUUCUUUAUAGCAUGGCUGAACUUCAAAAGAAAAAUGAGGAUGGAAUAUCAUUACUUUUUUACCUCCAGAAGAUAUUUCCAGAUGAGUGGAAGAACUUUCUUGCUCGAAUUGGCCGUGAUGAAAAUGCUUUGGAGACAGAUCUCUUUGAUAGUAAUGAUAUCCUUGAACUCCGGUUUUGGGCGUCUUACAGGGGUCAAACAUUAGCCAGAACAGUUCGUGGGAUGAUGUACUAUAGAAAAGCUCUUAUGCUUCAAAGUUACUUGGAAAGAGCAACUGCUGGAGAUGUGGAAGCUGCAAUUUCAAGUAAUGACACAACCGAUAUUGGAGGUUUCGAGUUGUCUCCUGAGGCAAGGGCACAGGCUGAUCUGAAAUUUACGUACGUGGUCACAUGCCAAAUAUAUGGAAAACAGAAAGAGGACCAAAAACCAGAAGCAGCUGAUAUUGCAUUGCUCAUGCAAAGAAAUGAAGCCCUUCGAGUUGCUUUUAUUGACGAUGUUGAAACUUUGAAGGAUGGUAAAGUACAAAGGGAAUUCUACUCAAAGCUCGUGAAGGCUGAUAUCAAUGGAAAAGAUAAGGAAAUUUACUCCAUAAAGUUACCUGGAAAUCCAAAACUUGGAGAAGGAAAACCUGAGAAUCAAAAUCAUGCUAUCAUAUUUACUCGUGGAAAUGCAGUUCAGACAAUUGAUAUGAAUCAGGAUAAUUAUUUUGAGGAAGCCUUGAAGAUGAGAAAUCUUCUGGAGGAAUUCCAUCAUGAUCAUGGUAUUCAUUCUCCAACAAUUCUUGGUGUCAGAGAGCAUGUAUUUACUGGAAGUGUCUCUUCAUUAGCCUCCUUUAUGUCGAAUCAGGAAACUAGCUUUGUCACUCUUGGUCAGCGUGUUCUGGCUAAUCCAUUGAAAGUCCGUAUGCAUUAUGGUCAUCCGGAUGUCUUUGACAGAGUCUUCCAUAUAACAAGGGGUGGGAUCAGCAAGGCUUCUCGAAUUAUCAACAUUAGUGAAGAUAUUUAUGCAGGGUUCAAUUCAACGUUGCGCCAAGGAAAUAUUACUCAUCAUGAGUAUAUCCAGGUUGGCAAAGGACGAGAUGUUGGUCUCAACCAGAUUGCUUUGUUUGAAGGGAAGGUUGCUGGUGGCAACGGCGAGCAAGUUCUUAGCCGGGACAUAUACAGGCUUGGACAACUCUUUGAUUUCUUUCGAAUGAUGUCGUUUUACUUUACUACUGUGGGAUACUAUUUUUGUACAAUGUUAACGGUGCUGACUGUGUACAUCUUCCUUUAUGGGAAGUUAUAUUUGGCACUAUCUGGUGUUGGUGAAGAAAUUCAAGUUAGAGCAGAUAUCAUGCAGAACACUGCCCUCAGCGCAGCCCUAAAUGCGCAGUUUCUCUUUCAAAUUGGUGUUUUUACUGCUGUGCCAAUGAUUUUGGGUUUCAUCUUGGAGCAGGGUUUUCUGAGGGCCAUUGUCAGUUUCAUCACAAUGCAGCUUCAGCUUUGUUCUGUCUUCUUCACAUUUUCAUUGGGCACAAGAACACAUUAUUUUGGUCGAACCAUUCUGCAUGGUGGUGCAAGGUACCAAGCUACUGGUAGGGGAUUUGUGGUCCGCCAUAUUAAAUUUUCUGAAAACUAUAGGCUCUACUCCCGCAGUCAUUUUGUUAAAGGGCUAGAAGUUGUGCUUUUGCUGAUUGUAUACCUCGCGUAUGGUUAUAACGAAGGGGGUGCGCUGUCCUACGUUCUUCUUACUGUUAGUAGUUGGUUUAUGGCUCUCUCUUGGCUUUUUGCACCAUAUUUGUUUAAUCCAGCUGGAUUUGAGUGGCAAAAGACUGUUGAAGACUUCAGGGAUUGGACAAAUUGGCUUCUCUACAGAGGUGGAAUUGGUGUCAAGGGAGAAGAAAGCUGGGAAGCUUGGUGGGAUGAAGAACUAGCGCAUAUUCGGACUUUCCGUGGGAGGAUACUUGAGACCAUUUUGAGUCUAAGAUUCUUUAUUUUUCAGUAUGGCAUUGUAUACAAGCUAGAUAUACAAGGAUCAAAUACAUCAUUAUCGAUAUAUGGCUUCUCAUGGGUUGUUCUAGCUGUGCUUAUAGUCCUUUUCAAGGUUUUCACCUUUAGUCAGAAGAUAUCUGUCAAUUUUCAGCUUCUAUUGCGCUUCAUCCAAGGUGUCUCCUUCUUGAUGGUAUUGGCUGGUUUAGCAGUUGCAGUCAUAUUCACAGAAUUGUCAGUUCCAGACAUUUUUGCUUCUAUCUUAGCAUUUAUACCUACUGGAUGGGGAAUUUUAUCUAUCGCUGCUGCAUGGAAACCUUUGAUUAAAAAGCUUGGAUUAUGGAAAUCCAUUCGUUCAAUUGCUCGUCUAUAUGAUGCUGGGAUGGGGAUGCUUAUCUUUAUUCCAAUUGCCUUUUUUUCAUGGUUCCCAUUUGUAUCAACAUUCCAAACAAGGCUCAUGUUCAACCAAGCAUUCAGCCGAGGAUUGGAAAUUUCUCUAAUUCUUGCUGGAAACAACCCCAACACUGGGAUAUGAUGAGACAUCCUAACAGUUUUGCCUUGUAAAACAGUUGUGUGAAAAUAUGAGCAUCGGGGCUGGGCAGACAACCUGUCGUUUGUAACUGCUGCUUCAGAAUCAGCUUUGGUUGCUGUCGUCGUCGGCUAUUGAUUAGUAUCAGUGUCACUUUUGGUUCCUGUUAUUUUCACCAAUUACACUAUUAUUUUUUCCCAUUAGUUGUAAUUUUGUGUACAUAAAAAAUUUUGGGUACAACUUUUUGAUUUGCUGUGUGUAGGUAAAAAUUCUCAAGUUACAACAAUGACUAAUCAAAUUUAGCUGGUAAUUGAGUUUCCUUAAAAACAAUUGGAAGAAGCCUCAAUUUGUUCCCUAAAAUUAGACUCAAUAUAGAAGAAAGCCCCGAAAUGAGCUUUCUUUUUUUGGUCAA